AUGCUCCGUCUCAAGAGCAGCAGCUGCCUUGCUGGGAUCUCAUCCGUGGCGUUGGCAUCAUCAACCGGCCUGUGGUCCGUGUGGUCCGCGCAGUUUACAGGGCUGGCAAGGGUGCCAUUCGGAGCUGGAAGCGAGCAACUGAAGAAAGAAUUGAUUCCACAGGGGCUGGCCCUUGAGACGCCUUACGAGGAACAUGUUGCGGCUGGAGAGGCUCUCUUGCUGGGGCGCAAUAUAUUAGGGAGGGAUGGCGUGGGGAUGCCAUUACUAGUACAGUGCCCAGCAUACGGCCGACAUCAGCUUACUGACUGA